UCGGCUGGAGCGGGGGCGCCGGAGAGGAUCCCACAAGUGGUUUCUGCCCGCGGCCGAGUUGUUCCGCGCGGGCAGCCGGGCGGCCGGGGAAGAGCGAGGUCCCGCGGGCGGCAGCAGCCGGAGGCCGCGCUGCCGGGUCCGGCUCGGCGGGCCCGUGCCCGAGCGGGGGAGAAGGGAGCGGCGCGCCAUGGUGCCCGCGGCGGGCGCCGAGGGCGGCUGAGGAGGCUGCGCUGCUCUCCCCGCCUGCGGCAGCCCUCCCUCGCUAGCGCCCGACGGCAGCCCCGGCUGCGGCCGCCUCUCCGCUCCGGCAGCUCGGCGGGGCCGCCCCGGGCGGGCGGCAUGGCAGCCGCCUGAGCCCGCCAGCGCAGCAGAGCCCGGGACGCGCGGCGGCGGCUCCUCCGCCGGGAUGAGUGGCGGCAGCGAGGGGAUGGCCGGCGGGCCGGUGCCCAGCCCUCCCGGCGGGGCGGCCCCGUGCGAGGACGCGCUGGGCCGGCGGCCCGAGAGCGACGGCGGCUCCCGCAGCCUCCUGCCCGACGGGCUGUGGGCAGAGGAGGGCGCGGGCGGGCCGGGCCCCGCGGCGCGGGCCAGGGCGGGCGGUAGGCGCACGGCCGUCACCUACGUGAUCAACGAGGCCAGCCAGGGGCCGCUGCUGGCGGCGGAGAGCGGCGCCCUGCAGAGCCUGCGGGAGGCGUGCGAGGCGGUGGGGGCCGCCCUGGAGACGCUGCACUUCGGCAAGCUGGACUUCGGCGAGACGGCGGUGCUGGACCGCUUCUACAACGCAGACAUUGCAGUGGUAGAGAUGAGUGAUGCCUUCCGUCAGCCCUCCCUGUUCUACCACCUGGGCGUCAGGGAGAGCUUCAGCAUGGCCAACAACAUCAUCCUCUACUGCGACACCAACGCCGAGGCUCUGCAGUCGCUGAAGGAAAUCAUUUUCCAGAAGAAUAAUAUGUGCACUGGUAACUACAUAUUUGUGCCCUACAUGAUCACUCCCCACAACAAGGUGUACUGCUGUGACAGCAGCUUCAUGAAGGGGCUGACAGAACUGAUGCAGCCCAGUUUCGAGUCGCUGCUGGGGCCGAUCUGCUUGCCCCUGGUGGAUCGGUUCAUCCAGCUCCUGAAGGUGGCACAGGCCAGUUCAAGCCAGUAUUUCCGGGAAUCCAUCCUGAAUGACGUCAGGAAGGCCCGGACCCUCUACACGGGCAAGGAGCUGGCAGCAGAGCUGGCAAGGAUUCGACAGAGAGUGGACAGUGUUGAAGUCUUGUCUGCAGACAUUGUAAUAAACUUGCUGUUGUCCUACAGAGACAUCCAGGAUUAUGAUUCCAUUGUGAAACUGGUGAAAACUUUAGAAAAACUGCCUACUUUUGACUUGGCUUCCCAUCACCAUGUGAGGUUUCAUUAUGCAUUUGCACUGAACAGGCGAAAUCUGCCGGGAGACAGACAGAAAGCUCUGGAAAUUAUGAUUCCCCUGGUAGAACAGGAAGACCAAGUAGCUUCAGAUAUGUAUUGCCUGGUUGGUCGGAUUUACAAGGACAUGUUUUUGGAAUCUGGGUUCAUUGAUACAGAAAGCAGGGACAAAGGGACGUUCUGGUUCAAGAAGGCGUUUGAGUCAGAGCCAACGUUACAGUCGGGGAUUAAUUAUGCAGUACUGCUCCUGGCAGCUGGACACUGCUUUGAUACUUCUUUUGAGCUGCGGAAAGUUGGAGUAAAGAUCAGCAGCCUGCUUGGUAAAAAGGGAUGCUUGGAGAAACUGCAAAGCUAUUGGGAAGUGGGAUCUUUCUUGGGGGCCAGUAUGUUGGCUAAUGACCAUAUAAGAGUGAUCCAGGCUUCAGAAAAGCUGUUUAAGCUAAAGGCACCAGCAUGGUACCUGAAGUCUAUCGUGGAGACUAUUUUGAUACAUCAACAUUUUAAGAAACUGACUCCAGAACAUCAUACAGCCAAACAGGAACUUGUGGACUUCUGGAUGGACUUCCUUGUUGAAGCCACAAAGACAGAUGUGACUGUAGUUCGAUUUCCAGUUUUAAUACUAGAACCAACAAAAAUCUACCAGCCCUCAUAUCUGUCCAUCAACAGUGAAGCUGAGGAGAAGACUGUCUCUAUCUGGCACGUGCUGCCUGAUGACAAGAAGGGUAUCCACGAGUGGAACUUCUGUGCUGCUUCUAUCAGGGGAGUAAGCAUUUCCAAGUUUGAAGAGCGGUGCUGUUUCCUCUACGUGCUGCACAACUCGGACGACUUUCAAAUCUAUUUCUGCACAGAACUUCAUUGCAGAAGGUUUUUUGACAUGGUCAACAGUAUCACUGAAGAAAUAGGGAAGACGACAGAGGAAGGGGAAUGUGAUGGAGAUUCUCUAGAGUAUGAUUAUGAAUAUGAUGAGAAUGGCGAGCGAGUCGUGCUGGGGAAAGGCACCUAUGGCAUUGUGUAUGCAGGGCGAGAUCUGAGCAACCAAGUCAGGAUUGCUAUCAAAGAAAUCCCCGAGAGAGACAGCAGGUACUCCCAGCCCCUGCAUGAAGAAAUAGCUUUGCAUAAGCAUCUCAAACAUAAGAACAUCGUCCAGUAUUUAGGUUCUCUGAGUGAGAAUGGCUUCAUUAAGAUAUUCAUGGAACAAGUGCCAGGGGGCAGCCUUUCUGCUCUUCUACGAUCAAAAUGGGGACCAUUAAAAAAUAAUGAGCAGACCAUUGGCUUUUACACCAAGCAGAUUCUUGAAGGAUUAAAAUACCUCCAUGAUAAUCAAAUAGUGCAUCGAGAUAUAAAGGGUGAUAACGUGCUUAUCAACACAUACAGUGGAGUGUUGAAGAUUUCAGAUUUUGGAACUUCCAAGAGACUUGCAGGAAUCAACCCCUGUACUGAAACUUUCACUGGUACCCUUCAGUACAUGGCACCAGAAAUCAUAGACAAAGGGCCACGUGGCUAUGGGAAGGCUGCAGACAUCUGGUCUUUGGGAUGCACAAUCAUUGAGAUGGCAACAGGGAAGCCCCCUUUUUAUGAGCUGGGAGAACCACAAGCAGCUAUGUUUAAGGUGGGGAUGUUUAAAAUACACCCAGAGAUCCCUGACUCCAUGUCUGCAGAGGCGAAGGUGUUCAUCCUGCGCUGCUUUGAGCCGGAUCCCGAUAAACGAGCCUGUGCCCCUGAGCUGCUUGUGGAUGAGUUCUUGAAGGUCUCGAGCAAAAAGAGAAAGUCACCAUCAAAGCUCUCAGUCCUUUCAGCUAACACAAACGAGUAUCUUCGGAGUAUUUCCUUACCUGUCCCUGUUCUGGUGGAAGAUACAAGUAGCAGCAGUGAAUAUGGUUCUGUCUCACCUGAUACAGAAUUAAAAAUUGAUCCAUUCUCUUUCAAAACAAGAGCCAAAUCCUAUGGAGACAAAGAUGGGAAGGGAAUCCGGUCCCUUUUUCUGAGCAUCCCGGAUGAAAAUUUUGAGGAUCACAGUGCACCUCCCUCGCCUGAAGAGAAAGAUUCUGGGUUUUUCAUGUUGAAGAAGGACAGUGAAAGGAGAGCCACUCUUCACAGGAUAUUAACUGAGGACCAAGAGAAGGUGGUGAGGAACUUGAUGGAAGCAUUGGCUCAGCAGGGAGCUGAAGAGCCCAAGCUGAAAUGGGAACAUAUCACAACGCUGGUGUCCAGCCUCAGAGAGUUUGUGCGCUCCACUGAUCGUAAAAUCAUUGCAACCACUCUCUCAAAGCUGAAACUGGAGUUAGACUUUGACAGCCAUGGGAUCAGCCAAGUGCAGCUCGUGCUGUUUGGGUUCCAAGAUGCUGUCAAUAAAGUUCUUCGAAACCACAACAUCAAGCCACACUGGAUGUUUGCACUGGAUAGCAUCAUCAGGAAAGCUGUGCAGACUGCUAUCACUAUCCUGGUCCCAGAAUUGAGGCCACAUUUUAGUCUUGCAUCUGAAAGUGAUACAGCAGAUCAAGAUGAUAUAGAAGUUGAAGAAGAUCAAGAUGAGCAGCCUCAGAGCCAGACCAUCCAGCAGCCUUGCAUUGUCAUGGAGGAUGCAGUAGCUACCUCAGGUGUAAGCACACUCAGCUCCACAGUGUCCCAUGACUCCCAGGCUGCUCACAGGUCACUGAGUGUCCAGCUGGGCAGGCUAAAAUUAGAGACAAACAGGUUAUUGGAAGAGUUGGUUCAAAAGGAGAGAGAAUUUCAAGUCCUCUUACAUCAAGCUAUAGAAGAGAAAGAUCAAGAGAUCAGAAAUCUCCAGCUGAGGUCACAGCCAAUAGAUAUUCCUGGGUUGUCCUUCCAUCGUCAUCCCACUGGCAGAGGGACUGAGGACCCUGAUCUCAUCAACUGGCUGAGAGGUCAAGGAGCUGAUGAGGCCACCAUAAACAAGUUCUUGGCUGAAGACUAUACGUUAAUGGAUGUUCUCUGCUAUGUUACACGAGAUGAUCUGAAGUGUUUGAGACUGAGAGGAGGGAUGCUGUGCACACUCUGGAAAGCCAUCACUGACUUCCGAGAGAAGCGCACCUGACGAUGCCGCCGCUUCCCGGGGCUUCCCUGCGGAGGAGAAGGAUUCACGGAGCGGGCGCUGCGGGAAGGACUGUUGCACUUUAAUCCAGUAUUUGUUUACCAAUGUUAGAAACACUGCAGCUUCCUGACUGCUUUUACUCCUAUCAUCAGUAAGGAACCUGUAAACAGCUUUACACAACAUUAUUUUAUUGUACAUGUUUUUACAUGCAACUUUUUCAAAAAUUAAAAACAAAACACCAAAACUGUUAUAAACUCACGAAAUGUUGUAGUUAAAGUAGCCAGAUGUUAAUUUCAUGAAAAACUGAUGUAAGAUUUCAUGUGACUGUAUAUCACUGGAACAAAACCAAAAUGUGACAACAACUUCUCAAGUUUUUUUUUUUUUGUAUUAUAUCAAUAAUCUGUAAUAGAUCUUCAUAAUUUCAAUAAUAACUAGGUAUUUUUUCUUUUAGCGUGCAAGACCUAAAGGUAGUUGUUUUUACCUACUGCCCUGCAUAGUUUAAUAUUGUUUAUUUUUGGUAAUUUAAGUUCUAUGGUGCAUUUGUUUUAGAGUUGUCCAUGUACUACUGAACUGUACCAGUUGCAUACACCUGAACCACAGUAAUGUUAGCUUGUUCUAAAGCUAUCUCUGACAAACACCGUUGAAAAUAAAAAGAACAUAAGACUUA